GAAACAAAGCUAGGGCCCUAGAUUGUGAUUUGAGGAGCGCCCCGGAGCUCAUGUGGCGCAUGGAAACGACAAAGUAACGUAUAACACUGAGGUGAUUUAGACAAACAAAUAAUUCGUUUUCAAUAUAUCUUUAUCUUCUGUUUAUUUUAGCAGUGUAAACAGUGUUGUGAAGACCCGAAACUAUUUAUUUUUUUACACUUAGAAAAACAGCCGUUGUGUUCUCAGGUUAGCGUGUGCUAGCUAGCAUUCCGGUGUUGUUGUGGUUGUUUAGCCGUAAGGCCACUUGGUCAGGGCAGGGAGGUCUGGGGGGAAAAAAAGAGGGUGAGAGAAAAAGGUUUUAUUUAGCUUGGAGAUAAAAUGGUUCUGUUAAAAAGUUUACCUCCUCCUGCUGAGGGAGUUCGGCAUCAGCAGGCCGAGACCGCGGCGCUCUUAGACGGCGAAGGACUCGGGACAGGGACUCUGUACAUAACCGAGGCGUCCCUGUCAUGGUUCAAUGGCUCAGGUAUGGGCUUUUCACUGGAUUAUCCCACCAUCAGUCUGCACGCCAUCUCUCGAGACCCGAGUGCUCACCCGCAGGAGCACCUGUAUGUGAUGGUCAACAAAAAACUGACUGACGAAAAUGAGGCAGAGAUGCAGGAGAAGGAUCCAGAUGACAAAGGCGAAGAGGAGAGCGAUGAUGAGGACAACGAAGAGGAGGUCAUCACGGAGAUCCGAUUUGUGCCCAGCGAUAAAACAGCACUGGAGUCGAUGUUUUCUGCCAUGUGUGACUGCCAGGCAUUGCACCCCGACCCAGAGGAUGCAGACUCUGACAAUGAGGAGUUUGAAGGAGAGGAAUAUGAAGAGGAGGAGACUGGUGGCCAGGGUGACGUACCCACUUUCUAUACAUAUGAGGAGGGUUUGUCGCACCUGACUGCAGAGGGCCAGGCCACACUGCAGAGACUUGAAGGGAUGCUUGCUCAGUCCGUCACGCAACAGUUUCACAUGGCUGGAGUUCGCACCGAUGAACCAUCGGCUGAGUUUGAAGAUGGAAUGGAGGUUGAUCCAAAUUCUGCAGUUGCUGGACAGUUUGACGAUGCUGAUGUUGAUCAUUGACAUAAUGUACUUCGUUGCUAACGGAAGCACUUGAGUGGCCCUGAGUGAUGGGAAUCGUUCAGAAAUCCGUCUUCUCUUGUCUGCUCCACUCAUGACGUUCAGCACUGGUUUCCCUGAUGCCAUCAUCAUUUCUGUAUCUUGUGUUAUGUUUUGUCUUCUUCCUUCAGACCAAAUUGUAAGUGCUCCUUGAAAGUAAGUCAUAUUUGUAUGAAAUGCCAUAAAAUAAAUUUCUUUUGUAUAAAGCA